GCCACCAUCUUGGGAGCGGGCAAGCCUACGGCCGCUGGCGGGACCCGCUUCCCGCACUGGCUGCGGAAGCUCUAGACCGCUGCAAGCCGCCCAGCUGCCCUUGCAUGCAUGCGUGGACACCGGCGGCGGGCCGGGGUUUCCGUGCCUUUCCUCGAUCAAGCCGGUCGGAUGAGCCCCGAGGCCCCCUUGGUCCUGAGACGCACGGCUCUGCCGCUGGCCUGCUCUUCCCCCGCUGGAGAAAGCUCAGGCCCCCCAGCGUCUGUGUGUUCCCGCCUUCCGUGACCGACUCCAGGGUGGUCCCGUCUCUGCUUUUCGAAUCACCGAGCCCCUCAGGGACCAUCCUACUGCUCCGACUGAACCUAUCAACAGGCGGGGCACUCACCACCGAGACCCAGCCAGAGGAACCGGAAGCGACCGCUUGUAGACGCUCAGGAAUAACUACGUCUCUCAGUUGCCAGGUGCGAUUCAGGUCCUCGGGAAGCUGCUCAAUUGGUCCAUUAAGGAGGGACCGCAGCCUCGGGAGUACGCUGGCCAAUCAGGAUGCAGGAUGGCUGAGCGGGGGGGGGGGCGCGUCGCUUCCGGCGGUUUCCCUGCAGCUACUGCGUGGGGAGCAUGGGAGCGUGGGAGUUUUGUGGUGGCCUCCGCCUCCUUUGUCGCGUCUCGGCUGGGCGUGGCUUCACGCUGCUUCUGCCGGGUUGGGCGAGGUUGUCAGUGCUCCCGGGCUGGUGAGUGUGGCUGUUUCAGAGCUGUUUUGGAGAAAGAAGCCGUCACCUCAGAUUCUCAGAGGAGCUUGA